AUGUCUACCAAUACACCGACGAGCUACAGAAGUUCAGAGACUUCUAAUCCUGAGUGUCCUGUUUGUCAGGAGCACUUCGGGGAUCUUCACGAGCAUCUCUGGCAGGAACACAAGGAAGGCACAGGCACCAUCAAGAAGGGACGAAAGGCUCGCACUUGCCCAUGGCCAGGAUGCGAUCUCAUAAUGACGUUGUCCUCUUCUUUGAAGGAUCAUUUUGCGCGACACACGGGGAUCAAAGUCCACUACUGCCCUCAUGUGGUCACAUCACCUAGCACGAAAGAGCAAGCAUUGUGCGCUCGCCGCGCAGGCAAACCUUCCAAAAUCGAGCGCCAUAGAAAAAAGGAUCAUGGAUUUAAUCUUGCGCGAAUGGAUUCAGUAGACCCAUGGGUCACUGAUCGCGUGAAAGCUAAGACUGAGGGUCUCGCAUCUGUCGAAUUAUUGGGCGGCAACAUCUCGAAGAAGGAUGUAAAUCGUUCGGCAACCGCACGGAGGAGCAAACCGGUACGCCCAGCUGUACGGAUACCUGGCCCCUCUCGUUUCCAGGUCAAGUCUGAGGAGGACGAAAAGCCACCCAAUAUCUCGGACGUUUUGGCUGCGAUAUACAAAAUGAACAAUGGUCCUCUACUAACCAUGAAGUCCGAGCCGGAGGACGAAGAUAUAUGGCUGAACACUGAGCUUCAUAAGAAGCCCGCCGAAUAGUGUUGGCUGUAGUCACCCUUUGGACAGACGUUAUUCCUUGUCUUCGACCUCGCGUCGCAUCUUGAACCUAGAGGCCUUCAACAUCUAUGUAUCAUCAUUCUUCCGCCCUUCCUGAUUCCUCACUCAAUAUGAUUGCCUGCUCAUUGCCGCUGUUAUCUAUACGGCAUGUGCCCAUUAUGCUUGACUAUGAUUAUGUAUAUUUAUAUGUUGAAAGUAACUCGCUGGAUCUCCCGGCCAUAUACAAUAUUCCGCUGUUUCAGAA